ACCUCUCUGGCUCCUGCACUCAAACUCGCCUCCAGAGUGACCCUUGGUGGAGGGUGGACCUCAUGGCCAUUCAUAAAGUCAGUUAUAUUACCAUCACCAAUAGGGAGGAUUGCUGCGUCUGGAGGCUAGAUGGUGCUCAAAUCCUUGUUGGAAACUCUUUGCAGAACAAUGGCAACAACAAUCCUGUAUGUGUUGCAAUCAGCUCCAUACCAGCUGGGGACUCUGUCACCUUCCAAUGUAAUGGGAUGGAGGGGCGCUAUGUCAACAUCAUCCGUCCUGGGUGCUUCAAGAUAUUGUCUGUGUGUGAGGUGGAGGUGUAUGGUGAAUUUUUUAAAGAGGCAUUGACAGAUACUCAGCAAGAGAGUAGUGAGAGUCAGAUGAUAAAUCAUGAGUGCAUGCAGGCAUGCGAAACACAAUGUCCUGUUGAAAACAUUCCUCAGAAUCUGGCUUCAGCUGGAUCAGCCACUCAGUCGUCUGAGUAUGACAACCUGGGAGGUGCCAGCAAUGCCAUAGACAGGAAGCGUGAUCCGCGGUACCACUCUGGCUCCUGUAGCCACACGAAGGCAGAGACCAACCCCUGGUGGAGACUGGAUUUGUUGGGUAUUUACAAUGUCAGCUCCGUUAGCAUUACCAACAGAGGGGACUGCUGUCAUACAAGGAUCACUGGAGCCGAGAUCCGCAUAGGAAAUCACUUGGAUGGAGUGAAGAGCCUAUUGUGUGCUGUGAUUCCUGAAAUGAAAGAGGGAGAGGUGAGGGAGUUUGCAUGUGGGGAGAUGGAGGGGCGCUACGUCACUGUUGUCCUCCCAGGGAAAGAGAAGUAUCUCAGCCUGUGUGAGGUGGAGGUCCACGGUGGCCCAAGGAAAGAGUAACACCUCAACAACCACAUUCCCAUGAAACCCAACAGGAG